CUCGUAUCACAAUGGCCGCCCUGAGAUUGUCCAGCUCCCUUGCACGAACUGUCGUUGCCCGCCGCGCCGCCAUCGGCCAACUGCGGUUAAAUUCCACUGCUGCCUCGGCCAAGAUCUCCACUAUCGUCGACCAGAUCUCCCAGUUGACUCUUCUUGAGACCGCAGACUUGGUUGCCCAGUUGAAGGAGAAGUUGAACAUCCAGGACAUCGCCCCCGUGGCUGCUGCUCCCGCUGCCGCCUCUCCUGCUGCUGAUGCUGCUCCCGCUGAGGAGGCCGUUCAGGAGAAGACCAUCUUCAACAUUAAGCUCGCCUCUUUCGACGCCGCUGCUAAGGCCAAGGUUAUCCGGGAGGUUAAGACGUUGUUGGCAUUGAACUUGGUUGAGGCGAAGAAGUUGGUUGAGAGUGCAACAGAUGCUAAGCCAGCACUGUUGAAGGAGGGUGUCACCAAGGAGGAUGCUGAGAAGAUUAAGACUACCCUUGAGGGAUUGGGUGCGAAGGUUGCUCUUGACUAAACGGAGGUGAACGAUAUAAAAAGAGAAGUCACAUAUUGCAUGAUCAUGAAGGCAAGCGCUGCCCGUCCACAACAUUUGCGUACAAUCAAAAGCUUUCCCAUAUCCAAGGAAGCCAGGGAGAACGCCGAUAUCCAUUAAAGAGAUCCUAUAAAAUCCGCCAAAACAUG